AUGGAUGGGGUAAUAAUGAAGGGUCACAAAAUUGUUAUUCCUAAAUCCCUAAGGGCAGACUUAUUGUCAAAACUACAUUCUUCAAGUCAUAUGGGAAUAGAGAAAACAAUAAGUAGAGCAAGUGAUAUUGUUUUCUGGCCUAGAAUCACCCAGGAAAUUAAAGAUCUUGUUCUGAAAUGUCCUGUAUGUUUGCAACACAGAGACUCAAACCAGAAAGAACCGCUUGUCUACACCCAAGUUCCAGAAUACCCAUGGCAGGUAGUUGGCACAGACCUAUUUGAGUUCAAUGGCAAAGACUUUUUGAUAGUCGCUGACCAUUAUUCACAUUACUUUGAGGUCAAAGAGCUGCCUAACUGUAGAAGUUCGACAGUUAUAAGUAGGCUCAAAGGCAUAUUUGCUAGAUUUGGCAUACCAGAAAUUGUAGUAUCUGAUAAUGGGCCAUGCUAUGCAUCUCAUGAGUUUGCAAACUUUGCAAAGCUCUGGGAUUUUACACACCAGACCACAAGUCCUUACCACAGCUCCGGUAAUGGUUUUGCGGAAGCGUACGUGAAAAUUUGCAAGCGCAUUUUCACGAAGGCCAGAGCAUCAGGCACCGACCCAAUGAUAGGAAUACAAGAAUAUAGGGUUACAAAACUUAAAAUAGGUUUUUCACCCAGUGAAAUUAUGUUCCAACGUCAAAUUAGGUCAGUGUUGCCAGUUGCUAAGUCACAAUUACUUCCCCGGCAAAUCUCACACAAGGUCAUUCGUGAGAAAUUGUCAGCAAACAAGGAAAGGGAGAAAGUGUAUUAUGAUAUGACAGCCAAGCAUUUACCACCAUUAGAAAUAGGAGAUUCGGCACGAAUUCAGCAAGCAAAUAAAAAUUGGAGUCCUGCAGUAGUAGUGCAAAAACACCAUGAUAGGUCAUACUCUGUUAAAACACCUGACGGUAACACAUAUCGUCGCAAUAGGAGGCAUUUGUUACAAACCAAUGAAUCAAAAGAGUGCAUACCUGAAGUUGACAUGCAAAAUGUGGAAAAUAACAACCUUUCGGCGCCUCAAGAAAAUUCUGACUGUAUUUCACAAUUCUCUGAUAAAAGCAAUAAAAGGUCAGAUAAUGAAGCAAGUGAAAAAACAUAUAUGAGUAGAUCUGGCAGGGCAGUUAAACCUCCGACAAGAUUAAUUGAAACAAUGUAA